AUGCAGAGAUCGCCCCGACGCAUUGCUUCUCCAGUUAACAGAACUCCGUCUUUUGAGGUCUCCUCUUUGUCUUCUUCUUCCACUAUUCUCGUUCUCUUUACCUUCAGAUAGCCAUCCUCACAUCUCCUCCUCUGUCCCCUCAUCACGAUGUUCCGCCUUCCGAACCAACGUCUCCCGAUCCCCCAGCACCUCCACCGCACUCAUUUUCACCUAGAAGAAAAGUCCAUGAAUCGAUCGUUCGGGAAGUCAGAGAGGUUAGGCUUAACGAGACUCCAUCAGUCCAGCUCAUCUCUUCCAGUAUCACUUGCAAACGACCACGCGAGCUUCGUUAUCGCCGCCCCCGACCAUCCAAAUACAUGCUGCUCCGAUCGCCGAGCCGGAGUCCACUUCGAGUUUCCGAACUACUCCGGAAGAAGAGAACCGAGGUGAGCUCGUCUUUGCAAACAUGUCACAAAUGAGGGGAGGCUCUCGCAAAGCCGCCCUCCCUCACACACUCCCAUGCGGCGAUGUUCUUCCCGUCGAGCUUCCGCCCUAUUCCGUCUUUUUUGUCUGCUUUUUAGCAGACUUUUCGGAGGAGGCAGUAGUGAGUUAGAGCGGGUGGCAAGCAAUGACCAAAGAAUUACAUUUAGUUCUGAAAGUGUUUCAGAUGAUGAAGAAGAGAGUGUCAACGACACAGACCAGGAGAUCGAGAUGCCUCAUGAAGUGCCAGUGGAAGUGCCGGAGGAAGCUCCCGCUGAACCGGCGACUUCCGAAGAAACACAUCAGAAGACAGGCGAGGAGAGCCUUGAGAACAGGAUAGUCCAUCAGUUGGAAGCUCCGCCGGACCGACCCAUUAUCUUCCCGAUCACUCCAUUCUAUCGACGGAAGGGGUGAGUGAGUCGUUGUUCCCAAACAAAACUGACCAGUGGUUGGUUGUCUGACCGGCUUACGGUAGGAGAGUGAUGUCAAGUCGAGUGUUAAUCAAACAAACUCUUUUCGAUGUAUUCCUUAAUUUCCAGAUCUUGCUCCAAAUGCUCUAUUUGGCUCGGAGCUCUUUGUGCCCUCUUCUUCCUCCUCUCCAUUGCUUUGUUCUUGGUUUGGGUCAUCACGACGGACGGAUUCAGAACGAUCGGCUCGAAGGCUUCGAAUGUGUGCAACACGAGACAGUGCAUUGAUAUUGGUGAGCUCGAGAAGAGUUGAAUGACAGAUGAUUCCUUCCUUUCCAGCAUUCCGAUUGUCUUCGAGCAUUGACGAUGAAGUGGAGCCGUGUGAGAACUUCUACCGCUACAGUUGCCAGAGAUAUCACACACAGACCACUGAUAAACAAUUGAGUUUUUUGAGUCAAUUGAAGGACGGAUCGUUGAGGACAAUGCACGGUGAGCUCCAUCUAGUUCUCAAGAAUAUUGACCUCUUCUAGGAUUACUGUCAGCUGAGGAGGAUCCGAGAAAUCUGCCCAAGUCGGGCAGACUUGCCAAGAACUUGUACUCGGCGUGUAUGAAUGCAGUACUUCGCUCGACCAAUGCUCCGACGGAUCUGCUCUCGUUCAUCCGAAACUUUCCGUGUGGUCCGCUUCUCCGAGACUGUCAAAACUUCCACGCCGACUCCUACAGGUACCGUACUGGCUGCUCGUAUCAAUUCCGAAAAGUGGGCGGGGCGAGAGGAGGCAAACAUUGACACACGUGUCAGUGGCGAAGAGCCGCUAAUCUCGCCCCAAGGAGGGACUAAUUAUUGAACAAACAGCGACGGAUUCCCCCCGUACCAAAAGUGUCCAAGUGUUAUGCGAGUAUCAUCGAACGGGAACGUCUUUCAGUUGGGAACGGCACGCGGGAAUGCUGGAUUGGUACGCUGGGGACUACAAUCUGAUCGUCUACGACAGAGACGUGCACCCGCAAGACAGAAGCAAGAUGAUCCUGCAGGUAAUCGAAGAUGUCGCGGCAGAGUAGAUGAGUAUAGGGAUUUCCAGAUAAAACCUCCGGAUCUCACAUCGAUUGUGGGGCCAGUUGAGAGAGAUCUAGUGGAACUUGCAAAGCCAAGCACGACGGAAUUCGAACCACUUUUACAAUUAUCAUUGAGACAAGUAUGCAGACUACCGCCCUAGUUUCCUGUAAUUUUCCGGUUUCAGAACCUUCUCAGUGCGUUCGCUCGGGAUAACCUGCUCCGCGAUCCUCGAGAUGUUCAGUCCCAGUUGGAUGAAGUUGCCCGUCUGAUGGUCGACCUGUACAUAGCCGCCCGACAAUCCGCCAGUCUGACUCCCAACACGACCUACAUGACUUUUGGGGAAAUGUUCAAAGCUUUGCCUGAGGUAUAUAACUUGUGAACUUUUGGAAAUAAAAAGGAUGUUUCAGUUGUAUCUGCGAGCGUUUCUGGAUGCUCAACUUUCGAAUAUUUACAAAUGGAGCGAAGACGACAUGCUUUCCGUUCAAGACUAUGAUUACUUUGCAAGAUUGGCCGACAUCAUUGCACAGUGAGAACAUCCCGUGAUACUUGGAAAACAAACUCUAUUUUGCAGAACGAGUCGUCAGGCAGUAGCAAAUUACCUUCUCACUGUGACUGUAUGGAAUCUGAAACAGUAUUCGUACUCUCCGAGAGAUCAGUUCGGGUAUUAUUUUGCUCUCUUACCUUCAAUCUCUUCAAACCCCGUCUUUGCAGAUGGAGAGAAUGUGUCGAGCAGAUCUCAACUCUUGAGAUCGGCAGCAAACUGUAUGUGGACAAGGCUUCGCAGACUGUGAACCUUCCGAAGACCACCGAAUUCCUCCAGAACAUCAAAAUUGACUUCCUUUCCGUGCACCGAAGUACUCCACUUCAGUACCUCUCCACGAUCAAUCGACUCGGUUUCUACGUCGGUUUCCCGCGACGUCUUCAGAAUGAGGAGCUCGUUUGGAAACCGGUCUCUCAGUUAUCACUCAAUGAUACCGACUACUUCGAUUCAAUGGUCCGAGUUGGAAAAGCCGAAAGAGAUUAUGCUCUUUCGCAGAUUGGAACGUACUUGGAUAGGUAAACAGAUAUUAUUGGAUUCUCAAAAUCCUUGCUUUUCAGUGAUGACACCACAAAGUUCCCGAUCACGUCUCCGACAAUGCUUUACAAUCCGCACGUCGGAGCCAUCGUCAUCCCUCUCGCAUUCAUCGAACCGCCCAUUUACCUUCCUGGAGAUGAAGUUCCCAUGUAUGGAAUAUACUCGAGUCUCGGAAUAACUGCUCUCCAGAUGAUAUCGAAGGUGUUCUGGCAAGGCCUCGAUAAGACUUCGCAGCUGGAGUGCCUCGACAACCUCUUCCGCGGAUUCCUCGAUUCCAACAGACAGCGAUCUCCGAGCAUCGAACCACAACUUCUGGCCACCAUUGAACUUGCCGAUGCCUUCAAAAGUGUUUUGUAUUCGUACGCAAAGUGGCAGAAUGAGCAUCAUAUUCAUCACGAGAAGACGCUUCCUGCAUUCGAUUCGACGGACAGCACCAAGUCUCUCAUGCUCACUUUCUCCACGGUUUGUUAGUUUUCCUUGUACGAAGCGUUGAUUUGUCUGUUUCAGAUGUUCUGCAGCGGAGAAGGCGUCGAGCCGGGCAGUGACUACGAAGCGAUGAUGAACACGGUGGCAGCCAACUCCCGAAUGUUCUCGAUCCACUUCAACUGCAACAACUCGAGCCGUCUCUUCAACCGAAGGACGUGCCUCUAG